CUGGCUUUGCGCGAGACAAGAGUUGCUGAACCGGGGGUCCCAUCUGAUCAUUGACUCAGGAGAGACCAGCCAAGUGUGGAAAGCUCAAGCACCUCCCUUCCAAUCCCCUUCCGCUUGGAAAUCGCCUUUUCGCACGAUUAGUGCUACACCAGGAUUCUCUGCAACAGCUCACACAGGGCCGGCAAAAUUUCUUUCCUUGAGGAUCUUGAGUGUGAGGAGGCAGAAAGAAUGGGCGCUGGAGCGAGUGCCGAGGACAAAAAGUCAAAGGAGUUGGAAAAGCAACUGCAAGAGGAUGCCGACAAGGACUCGAAAACGGUCAAGCUUCUGUUGCUUGGUGCUGGCGAGUCUGGCAAAAGCACCAUUGUCAAGCAAAUGAAGAUUUUGCAUCAAGGUGGUUACACAAAAGAGGAACAGUUGGAAUUCAGAUCCAUCAUUUAUGGCAACAUCCUGCAGUCUGCUCUGGCUAUCAUCAGAGGCAUGGAGAUGCUGGGGAUUGAUUUUGGCGCUCCCUCUGCACAGGAGAAUGCACAAAAACUGCAGAACUUGUCCGACUCCAUCGAGGAAGGCACAAUGCCUCCCGAACUGGCUGACGUCAUCCUGAAACUGUGGAAGGACUCUGGUGUGCAGGCCGGGUUUGAAAGAGCAGCUGAGUACCAACUCAACGACUCGGCCGGCUACUACCUCAACGAAAUGGACAGAAUCUGUAAACCGGACUACCUCCCCACCGAGCAGGACGUGCUGCGAUCUCGAGUCAAGACAACUGGUAUCAUUGAAGAACAGUUCUCCUGCAAAGAGCUUCACUUCCGGAUGUUUGAUGUGGGAGGCCAGAGGUCCGAGAGAAAGAAGUGGAUCCAUUGUUUCGAGGGCGUGACGUGUAUCAUUUUUUGUGGCGCCCUCAGCGCAUACGACAUGGUGCUGGUAGAGGACGACGAAGUGAACCGAAUGCACGAGUCCCUCCAUUUAUUCAACAGUAUCUGCAACCACAGGUUCUUUGCGCUGACCUCCAUCGUUCUGUUCCUCAACAAGAAGGAUCUUUUUGAGGAGAAGAUCAAGAAGGUGCACCUGAGCAUCUGCUUCCCGGACUACGAUGGCCCCAAUACGUACGACGACGCCAGCAACUACAUCAAGUUGCAGUUUGAGGAGCUGAACAUGAAGAAAGGCGUGAAAGAAAUCUACUCCCACCUGACCUGUGCCACAGACACAAAGAACGUUGAAAUUGUGUUCAACGCUGUCACAGACAUCAUUAUCAAGGAGAACCUUAAGGACUGCGGUCUCUUCUAAGCAGCCCCAAAGUCGUAUGUAGAACUUCACUCUGUCCCUCACAUACUGGCAUGAACUGAAAUGUGUACCAAUGGAGCAGCAAGGAUUCUCUAUUCAUUGUGUUCAUGCCAAGUGACUGUCCCAUUUAACAUGUUUCCUGCCACACAGCGCACGUUCAACUUGGUCGACACUCCCGACCUAAUGGACAUUCACGUUUUACUGGUUCCUCAGUUGCAAAAAAAAAAACCCAAACAAACAGGAAUUUGAAGAAGCCCCUCAUUGCUUCCUUUGCAAAUUUCCCGGCAGUUUGAUUCGGAAUAAGGUAUUUUGAAUCAAAAAAGACAAUGAACCCAGAGUUAAAGAAUAACGUUUUUCUGUAGCAACUUUGUUUUUUUGUUGUUUUUUUUUUUUUGAGUACCGUAGUCUCUGUGGUCUUGAUAUUACUGUAAAAUGUUGCGGGGGGCAAAUAUGUGAAAUGAUUCACCAUGCUUGCAGAAUGACCAGAUUACAAACAUGUAUCUCAUUUAAAAUAGUGCUGAUGUUUUCGAUACACCCGACAUUAUAAGGAGGAAAAAAUACGUUUGUGAUAUGCGAACAUGCUAGAGAAACAUUGUACAUAGUUAAUUCAUAACUGCUUUGAACAAUAAUAAAAUGCACGUUAUAUAUACUGUAUAUGCUUUAUGAUAAAAGGGAAUGAAAAUUGACAGUUUGUCCUUUCUUAUGAAAUGUAGAGGAGUGAAUUAAAGCUGCAUCCCGCAUCUCUCUC